AUGACUCUAACUUGGCUUCUCGUCGUGGGUAGCAGUAGCAUGCUGGUGUUUAGCUUGGCAGACAGAAAUGAGAAUCCAAGUUGCAUAGAAAAGGAGAGGCAGCAGGCUCUUCUCAGGUUCAAACAUGGCAUCAUUGACACACAAAACACCCUUUCUUCAUGGAACAGUGAAGAUGGGAAUUGCUGCAGAUGGGUGGAAUCAGCUGUCACAAUGAAACUGGAUAUGUUGUCGCACUUGAUUUGGGAUGUACAUUAUUUUGCAAUCACCUUCUUGCAGCUGGGAAAUCUUUCCAACCUCAAAUACCUUGAACUCAGCAGUAAUGCACAGCUGAAAGUUGACAGUUUGGAAUGGGUUUCUGUGUAA